CCCUUUGAGCCGGAACAGGAUGACUGCGUUGACCGAGGCCGGCAACUGAUAGGACCAAUCGGCUGCCUAGAGCCAGCCGUUGGCGUUUGAAACCAACCAAUGGCAGGCCUGUACUGGAACUUCCUUUCCGCGUCCAUCGCCUAACCGGAGACAGCUCCGAGGGAACCGAGGAGGCGGCGGCCGUGACUGGAGACUGAGGCAUUUGCUUCUGUUGGGAGGCCAAGAUGACGGGUUCUAACGAGUUCAAGUUGAACCAGCCACCGGAGGAUGGCAUCUCCUCUGUGAAGUUCAGCCCCAAUACUUCCCAGUUCCUGCUAGUCUCUUCCUGGGACACGUCGGUGCGGCUCUACGACGUACCAGCCAACUCCAUGCGGCUCAAGUACCAGCACACUGGCGCGGUCCUGGACUGCGCGUUCUAUGAUCCAACACAUGCGUGGAGUGGGGGAUUAGAUCAUCAGUUGAAAAUGCAUGAUUUGAACACUGAUCAAGAAAAUCUUGUUGGAACCCAUGAUGCCCCUAUCAGAUGUGUUGAAUACUGUCCAGAAGUGAAUGUGAUGGUUACUGGAAGUUGGGAUCAGACAGUUAAAUUGUGGGAUCCCAGAACUCCUUGUAAUGCUGGCACCUUCUCUCAGCCUGAAAAGGUAUAUACACUCUCAGUGUCUGGAGACCGGUUGAUCGUGGGUACAGCAGGCCGCAGAGUGUUAGUGUGGGACUUACGGAACAUGGGCUAUGUGCAGCAGCGCAGGGAGUCCAGCCUGAAAUACCAGACUCGCUGCAUACGAGCAUUUCCAAACAAGCAGGGUUAUGUAUUGAGCUCUAUUGAAGGCCGAGUGGCAGUUGAAUACUUGGACCCAAGCCCUGAGGUGCAGAAGAAGAAGUAUGCCUUCAAAUGUCACAGACUAAAAGAAAAUAAUAUUGAGCAGAUUUACCCAGUCAAUGCCAUUUCCUUUCAUAACAUCCACAAUACAUUUGCUACAGGUGGUUCUGAUGGCUUUGUAAAUAUUUGGGAUCCAUUUAACAAAAAGCGACUGUGCCAGUUUCAUCGGUACCCCACCAGCAUCGCAUCACUUGCCUUCAGCAAUGAUGGGACUACACUUGCAAUAGCAUCAUCAUAUAUGUAUGAAAUGGAUGACACGGAACAUCCUGAAGAUGGUAUCUUUAUUCGCCAAGUGACAGAUGCAGAAACAAAACCCAAGUCCACCUAAUCAUCUCGUGAAAGUGGUUUCUCUAUGGAAAGCUUUGUUUGCUUCCUACAAGUACAUGCUUAUCCCUUAAGGGAUGUGUUAUAGUUAUUAUGGAGAUGUUCUUUAGUAUGUGAAUUUUUUUGUUUUCUGUCUUACAAGAAAUUUGUCUUUGUACUGUUUAAUACCUUCCUUAGGGUGAGAAGUCUUUGUGUCCUUGUACAGUAGUCUGAAGAAUUUCCCCUACCUUCCCCCAAGCAAGCCCAGUUGCUGUUUAUGAGCAAUGGGUUCUUUUUGUAGCAUAAUCUAAACCUGUUAUUUCCCUGCUGCCUAAUAAACCAGAAAUUCAGAACCUUUAAA